AUGGCGAUUGUUUAUUCAUUGAGAAGGGCUUUUACCGGUACGGGCCCUGAUCGUGAAACAUCCUCUGGUGGUCAGGAUGUCAGCUCUGGGCAUACAUCUGUAGCAGAGAUUCCAACAGAUAUAUUUGAUGCAUCCCAGUGCGGAAUGAAACGACUAAGAAGACUCAUCACAAUCACGCACACCUCAACAAUCAUCGUCCCCUCCUCAACGCUCGGUGUUGUACCGACGAGAACACCUAUGGGAGCAACGGGAACUCUUAUCGUACCAUCUACCACUAGAACCUCGACUUCCAUCGCACAGCCCACCAUACCCCCCACUGGAAUAGCUGCGAUUGCUCUUAAUCCAAUAUUGAAGGGUGCAUUGAAAUCGGCCAUUAGCCAAGAGAGUCGCGCUGCUAACUUAACUCCCGGUGCUUACACUGCUGUUAUCACAAUCUCACCCGCGGAACAAACUGCUAUAGACAAGGCAAAUAAAGACAGCGCUCGUCAUUUACAUACCACCACUAUAAUCUUGAGUGUUUUCGCUGUUGUGCUAUUCCUAGGAUGUAUCUACAUGCUCGGCUGGUACUUUCUGCGAAAGCAUCGUCGACGAAGAGGAAGAAGAAUGCCACCAAUCACCGAAUAUAUUCCUCCCAAUUUGGGUUCUUUGGGUGGUCUAAUGGCGGAGAUGGGGCGGGAAGAUGUUGUUGAGCGAGAGGAACACGACAGUAGAGCUGAUGGGAUUCAUAGGGUUCCGAGAGUUCCGAAGCCUCCAAGAGCUCAUAGUACUUUGCAAGAACUAGAGAUUCCAGAAGGGUUUGCGGAGUUACCUGGCUCUGUUCCAGAAAUACAACCAGCGAGACGUGCGGAACUACAACGUGAAGGCGAAGGGGUAGCGAACUCAGAGAAAAUUCUCUUUGAAGUUUGA